AAAAAAAUCCUCGAUUUGUCCCCAUGGUCUCUCCGCCACUGGCGGGAAUGAAUAAUAGAAUUAUUUACUUUGGAACCAUGGUUAUCUGUCCAUUGUUCGUGAAUUGAGGAGCAUUGGGGGACAGUAGGUAAUUUGGUCGGUUGUUUUGAACGUCAAAAUUAAAAUCUCACAAUCUAAUCUGUGGUAUGAUGAAAAGUUAAUUCCAAAAUGGCAGGGUUGUCGCCGUCUGAAAGAAGGUUGCAAAAGGAGCUCAUGUCACUGAUGAAAGAACCUCCACCAGGAGUUGAAGUCGACUUCGAUCUGGCAGAGCAAAAUUUAUUGCAUUGGAUCAUUAAUAUGGAAGGGGCUGCAGGUACAUUGUACGAAGGAGAACGUUUUCAAUUGCAGUUUAAAUUUAGUAACAAAUAUCCCUUUGAUUCACCAGAAGUGACGUUUGUAGGCAAUAACAUUCCAGUUCACCCGCAUAUUUACAGCAAUGGACAUAUUUGCCUUUCCAUAUUAACAGAUGAUUGGUCUCCUGCACUGUCUGUUCAGUCUGUUUGUCUUUCAAUUGUUUCUAUGCUCAGUAGUUGUAAAGAAAAGCAAAGACCUCCCGAUAAUGCUUUCUAUGUAAAAACUUGCAAUAAAAAUCCAAAGAAGACAAAGUGGUGGUAUCACGAUGAUUCUGUAUGAAACUAUAUAAAUAACUUAUGGUCUUGUGAUUUUAAUGAUUCUGUUACGCUGGAUGCUGUUAGUUUUAAAUUUUUAAUAGAUGUUAUUUAUUAUGACAAAGCUAAUUAUAAAAUAUCUUUAGAAUUGGAUUAACAGUUUUUACAUAGUGCCUGUCCUCCAGAUGUUGUGUUGUAAUUAAUUAAAUAUAAGAGUUAAAAUUAA